UUGAAUUACGAAUUUCAAAUGACAGUUAAUGCAUCCCCGCCAAAUACAUCGCUAACUUAGUGGAGGAGGUUUCUGCUGACUUAGUCUACAUUAAUUCUGUCAGCAGCAUCCAAAAUUUGGUUUCCUCCUUACUCUUUCUCUCAAUCUCUCCUCUGUCACAUGCACUUACGCUGCAAAUUCUGAAACAAUUCAUUGGUAGAAUCCAGUGUCACAAACAGUUUCCCAUUAGAGUUUCAAAUAUCCUUUGUUUGAUCUAAGAUCAAGUAAUUGCUGGGAGUAGAACCAAUGGUUUUCCUCUGAUUUUUUAUCCCCCUUUUUCUUUUGGUUAUCAAAACUAGAAAGAUAUGAAAUUGUCAUGGAAAGUAUUAGCCUUCAUGUUAUUUCUGUUUCAUUCCACAAAUCACUUUUGUUUAGCCCAAGAUUACGAUACCGAUCAGUCUGAGCCACAACAACCUACCCUUCCCAAGGGGCACGAUCAUUGUAACGGAAUUUUCCUUUCGUACAAUUUCGUCUCUAGGACAAAAGAAUAUCCGCAUGUGAGGAAUGUUUCAGCUCAAGCCUGGGCCUUUAAAUCCACAGUCACAAUAAUAAACUUGGGAAUACAUGUGCUGCAGGCCUGGAAGAUAUUCAUUGGGUUUCAAUACAACGAGAUAUUAGUUUCAGCAGAUGGAGCAGUUUUAGUGAAUGGUGCGGAUUUUCCAGCUCCUGUUGGCAAUGGAACUUACCUCUCAGGAUAUCCUCAGUCUGAUCUAGAAACAUCGAUCGACACAGCGGGUGAUUUAAACCAAAUUCAGGUGCAAGUUGAAUUGAGUGGCACACAGUUUGGUCUGAGGCCAAAUAUGAUUCCAAUGCCUAAGACGAUGAAACUUGUAAAUGAUGGAUACAAAUGCCCAGCACCGAUUCAUCGCAAGACCUCAAUGUACGUUUGUUGUGUUAGGAACCCAAAAUAUAAGGCUGAAGAAACAAAAACAAAGUUCUUGCCACGCCAAAAAGGUGACCUUUUGAUUUCUUAUGAUGUUACUCAAGCCUAUGGAAAUAACUACCUUGCUCAGGUGACGAUAGAGAACAACAACCCUUUGGGGCGUCUUGAUCAUUGGAACUUGACUUGGGAGUGGAUGAGAGGGGAAUUUAUAUACUCAAUGAAAGGAGCUUAUGUGCGGGAAGUGGACUCUAGAGGCUGUCUGUAUGGCCUGGCAGGGCAAUACUACCAAGAAAUGGAUUUUUCUAAAGUUUUGAACUGCCAGAAAAAGCCUAUCAUUUUUGACUUGCCUGCGGAGAAAGCAAAUGACACCGAGUUGGGAAAGAUACCGAAUUGUUGCAGAAAUGGCACGCUUUUGCCAGUCACCAUGGAUGGAAGCAAAUCCAAAUCAGUUUUCCAAGUGCAAGUUUUCAAAAUUCCACCUGAUUUGAACAGAACAGCUAUAUACCCUCCUCAAAAGUGGAAAAUUGUAGGAGUUCUUAAUCCAGAUUACAAAUGUGGACCCCCGAUAAGGGUGGAUCCUACACAGUUCCCCGAUCCCAAUGGACUUCAAGCUAUAAAAAUUGCACUUGCAAGCUGGCAAGUGGUUUGCAACAUCUCACGGCCAACGAAAGGCAAUUUUAGAUGUUGUGUAUCCUUCUCAGCUUAUUAUAAUGAGUCUGUUAUACCUUGCGACACUUGUGCGUGUGGUUGUGAAGACGCAGUAAAAUGCAAUCCAAAUAAACAGGCAAUGCUUCUUCCAGCAGAGGCCCUUCUUGUUCCCUUUGCAAACAGGUCUGUAAAAGCCAGAGCUUGGGCAGCAGUUAAACAUUUUCCCGUCCCCAAGCCAUUGCCUUGUGGUGACAAUUGUGGAGUUAGCAUAAAUUGGCACAUCACUUCGGAUUACAAACAAGGAUGGGCGGCUCGAAUCACCCUUUUCAACUGGAAAAGAAUCAACUUUGAAAAUUGGUUCACUGCAGUUCAGUUAGAGAAAGCUGGUGGUGGGUAUGAAAAGCUCUACUCUUUCAACGGAACGUUACAAAGAAAGCUCAACAACACAAUCUUCAUCCAAGGCCUACCAGGGUUGAAUUAUUUGAUGGGAGAGAUGAAUGGUUCAAACCCGAAAAUAGAUCCCAAUGUGCCAGGAAAACAGCAAUCUGUCAUUUCCUUUAAAAAGAAGAACAGACCAGUGCUCAAUAUAGCAAAAGGAGAUGGAUUUCCAUCUAGGGUCCUUUUCAAUGGGGAAGAGUGCGCACUUCCUACACGCAUUCCAAUUGGAAAUGGAAACCGAUUCAGUGCAAAUUUGGUGCCACUGCUUCUUUGCACAAUUGUGAGCUUCUUGUUGAUAGAAAUUAUUCUCAAGUGAGGAUUCAGGGUUUUCUUUCUUCCCUUAGUAUCACUCACUCUUCAUUUAUUCGCUAGGAAGGCAGACAG